AUGGACGUGAGCACGCUGGCCUCCCUGACGGAGCUGGAGAACGUGACCGAGAUGUUCAAUAUGGCGGGCAACAUGAGCCACGCGGGGAACAGCACUGCGCUGGGCGCGCCACACAAGACCAUGGGCAAGUUCGGGGUGCUAGUGAAGGUGGUAUACGCCAUCGGUAUCAUCGGCAACGCAUGCGCCAUCAUCGCGCUGCGCCGCGGGGAGCGCCGCGUGCGCAACAGGAAGCAUCUACUGCUGCUCACCUCGCUUGCUGCCAAUGACCUCGUAGCGCUGGUGGGCAUGAUGUGCGCGAUGCUGGUGGCGGAGCACGUGCCGGGCGUGGGCAGCACGCGCGCGUACUGCGCGGCGCGCGUCGUGCUGCGCGUGUUCGGCAUCGGCUCCGUCUGCAUCGCCGUCACCAUGGCGCUGGAGCGGUACCUCGCGCUGACACGGCCCUUCCUCUACCAAAAACAAGUGACGUACUACGUAAUCCGCACGGCGCUGCUGGUGUCGUGGUUCUGGGCGGCGUGUCUGACGUGCGCGCCCAUCCUGGGGCUCGGCCUCUACUACGACGGCUCCAAGUGCGUGCGCUACAGGAACGCCGAGACUCCCACCGACCUCGCCUAUGCCGUCUUCUACGUCGCCUUCGGCACGGUGCUGUGCCUGGUACUGGUGUACUGCAACCUGGCGGUGAUCCGCGCGCUGUACGCCAUCACGGCGCCGCGCGGCUCGCAGCCCGUGGUGCGGCGCGUGUCCAAGUCCAGCUGCCGGCAGCGCGCGCGCGCCGGGCCCGCGCCGCACCAUCACAACGCCGCCACCGCCGAGGAGGUCGCCUUCAGUCGCCUCAUGGCCACGCUCUCCGUGCUCUUCAUGAUCUGCUGGCUGCCGCAGAUGCUAACGUCGGCGCUGUUCCUGGGGCUGGGCCCGCGCACGUGGCCGCGGCUGGCCCCGCUCUCCAUCCUCUCCGACAUCCUCAUGCUGCUCAACUACGUGCUCAACCCCAUCCUCUACGUGCUCAUGCGGCAGCGCAGGCGGUUGUCACUCACCAACCUCUGUCACUCCAUCGCGCACUGCUUUAAGCGAAGCCAUAAAACGUCGACGGAGUCAGUGUCGAUGAAGGCGUCGUGCUGCCCACAAGAGACAAUGGUGGUGAGCGACAGCUCGGGCGCGGAGAUGCGGCCGCUGCGGGCGCCCGUGUCGCUGGCGCCCUACGACACGCAGCACGCGGCCUGA